UAUCUGUACGGUUAUUCUGAAAUACAUUAAGUAUAUAAGCUAUUCGACUCCAUUAAUUUUUCAGUUCUUGCUUACUUAUAGUAGCAGUUCACCAUAAAAUAAAUAAUGGACCUUAAGUGGACCAGUUUGUUAUUUUUGGUGGCAAUAACCAGUGACACUGUAUUCAGCGCACCUACAUCAUCGGUUACAACAAAUGAUACUGCAUCUGAUUGCCGUCUGUUUCAGCAAUACAUCAAUAAAAGAUACCCACUGACCGAUCCAAUAUUGAUGCCCGAUGGCAGCGUCAAGUUUCGCAUAGCGAUUAUCAGUGACCUGGACGCUGAUUCCACAAGCCACUCGAAAUCCAACACGUGGAUUAGUUAUUUCAAACAGGGCUCGUUGACUUACAAUGCACAAAACAAGACCGUCUCCGUUGAAUGGGAUAUUGCCGUGGACAACAACGAUCAACUCCAAUCCGAUAUGUCGAAAAAUGGCCGGGGCUUGGAACUGUCCGAGUUGGUCACAUUCGACGGGCGACUGAUCACUCUUGAUGAUAAAACUGGCUUGGUGUACGUGUUCGAAAACAACGUUCUCAUACCGUGGGUGAUUGUCGUGGAAGGCGACGGACAUCAGAAAGGCGCGAUGAAAAACGAAUGGGCAACCGUUAAGGAUUCGAAACUUUACGUGGGCUCUCAUGGCAAGGAAAUGCCUGACCGCAACGGCCAACUCUCGGAAAAGAGCUACGCGUCGAUGUGGGUGAAAACCAUAGACCAGUACGGCAGUGUGAAACAUUUGAACUGGACGGAAAACUUCGUAAAAGUCCGAGCGGCCGUGGGCAUACAAUACCCGGGCUACAUGACUCACGAGGCUUGCGUGUGGAGCGACGUGCACGGCCGAUGGUUCUUUUUGCCGAGAAAAGCUUCCGCGGAACAGUACGAAUAUAAAGCAGACGAAAAUAAGGGAACCAACGUGCUGCUGAUGGCCACACCGGAUUUCAAUGACGUCACGGUGAAACGUAUUGGCGAAAUUAUACCAAAUCGAGGUUACGCUAGUUUCAAAUUCGUUCCUGGUACCAAUGAUACGGUCAUCGCUGCGAUUAAUACGACGGAAGAAGGUGACAUAACGGCUACGUAUUUAUCUGUGUUCACAAUCGAUGGAGAAAUUAUUUACCCGCAGAACAAAGUUUCAGAUAUGAAGUUCGAAGGGUUCGAGUUUAUAUAACAACAAUGCAGACGUAUAAAAGUAUAAAUAUUGAAGUAUCAAAUAUUUAUUUGAUAUAUAUUUAUUAUUUAUAAGUAAUCUUAUUCAUGA